UCUCUCUCUCUCCACCUUUCACAUUUACCUCUCAGCCCCACCUUGAUCGCCUCGUCUCUCUCCUCUCUCUCUCUCUCUCUUCCUCCCUCCUCUGCAAUUUGCACGGAGCCCUCCCGCUCUCGCUUCUUUAACAUGCCCACCACCUCCUGGUGCAACUUCACCUCGAGGCCUCCGUGAGCUACUGUGUGGGCGUGCUUCUCUUCUCGGUUUUCGAAGACAGCUCCUCCCCCUCGAAGCUCGCUAGGGUUUUGGAUCGUCGUCUCAUCUCGGGUCGUGUUUGGAAUGGAGGAAUAUGGCCAGAUGAACGAGAACAGUAGCACUGGGUCCAGAGGGAACAACAGCUUCUUGUACGCAUCGCCGGUUCUUGGGCCGAGCUCCUCCGGCAAUAGCAAUUACGGGAGGGGAAAUAGCAGCGGUGGCCACUUCUAUUCCCAGUCCAGCGAUCACUGCUUCCAAUCCGAAGCGCCGCCGCACCCGGUGGUGAAGACUGAAGCAACCACCUCUCACCACGGCCAUGCUCAGAAGUUUCAUCACUAUUCUCUGGUGAGAGACCAUCAUGACCCAUCAGCUUCUCACCACCACCACCACCAACACCACCAGCAUCAGCAGCUACAAACAGCGAGCGAGAGCUCGCGCGAGGUCGAUGCCAUGAAGGCCAAGAUCAUCGCUCACCCUCAGUAUUCCAACCUCUUGGAAGCUUACAUGGACUGCCAAAAGGUCGGAGCGCCGCCUGAAGUGGUGGCGAAGCUGUCGGUGGCGCGACAGGAGUUCGAGUCGCGGCAGCGGUCGUCGGUGGCUUCGGCGGACGGGUCGAAGGACCCGGAGCUGGAUCAAUUCAUGGAAGCGUAUUACGACAUGCUGGUGAAGUACCGGGACGAGCUGACGCGGCCGUUGCAGGAGGCCAUGGACUUCAUGCGCAGGAUCGAAACUCAGCUCAAUUUGCUCAGCAACAAUGGCCCAGUUCGCGUCUUCAACUCUGAUGAGAAGUGUGAAGGGGUUGGUUCAUCGGAAGAGGAUCAGGAUAACAGUGGCGGUGAAACAGAAUUACCUGAGAUUGAUCCGCGUGCUGAGGAUAGAGAACUGAAGAACCAUCUGUUAAGGAAGUAUAGCGGGUAUUUAAGUAGCUUGAAACAAGAACUCUCCAAGAAGAAGAAGAAAGGAAAACUACCUAAGGAAGCCCGGCAGAAGCUGCUUAGCUGGUGGGAGUUACACUACAAAUGGCCAUAUCCAUCGGAGACAGAAAAGGUGGCAUUGGCUGAAUCCACUGGUUUAGACCAGAAACAGAUAAACAAUUGGUUCAUAAAUCAAAGGAAACGCCAUUGGAAACCUUCUGAAGAUAUGCAGUUCAUGGUGAUGGACGGUCUUCAUCCUCAAGGUGCCGCUUUAUACAUGGAUGGUCACUACAUUGGUGAUGGUCCCUACCGUUUGGGCCCGUAGGCUGUCAAUCCAUGCACCAUAAUCGGAUAUAUAGGUUUGAUGUUCUUGCAGGGUCCUCUGGUGGUUGCUUCGCCUUUACAUUAUGUGUCCUAGUGUAUGAAUUGUUAGUUGUGCCACCUGAUCAAAUCAUGUUAUAGAGUGUUGGGUAAAGUCCAUGGCAACCCAAUGCAAGAAAUAUUUUUGAUGACUAAGGUCAUUCUUAGGUCAUAUCUAUGUAUCCUCUCUAUAUGUCUUGGUUUUCCUUUGGCACUCAAGUAGUUGUGGUCCUGGUGUUUAUAUUGAUUCAGUAUGCAGUAUGCUUUUACAUGAAUGUGCUUUGUUAUAUUCGAUGAGUACAUUUGAAGGUUCA